AUGCGUCCGAUAUCAGUUCGUAUCGCAUUGGGCCGACGCGCGCACCUACAAAAGAGAGGCUUCUCACAGUCCAGAGCUCGAACUUACGCCGUGCAAUCACCUGGCGCGCCAUCUGUGGAGGUCUUCUCCAAUAGGACCAAAUGGCUGCAGAAAGAGCGAGCAGCCACAUCUACACAGCAAAGCAGACAGGUCGAUUACCUCCGCGAUGAAGUCGCGGCUCGCCUGUGUGAUCGACUGUUGGACAUCAAUCGAACAUUUCCAAAAGUCUUAGACUUUGGCGCCAAUGCCUGCAACAUCGCUCGCAUUCUUACUCGCCCGGACCCGGAUCCUGACAGCGACAAACCGCACGUCGAUCCUAUUGCCAAGCGAAUCGGUCACAUAACAUGUGCGGAGGCCAGUCCGACCCUUCUGUAUCGGGAUGCGGAGGAUUCCUUCAACACCGAAAUCGACAUCAAAAGAGACGUUUUGAAGAAUGCGGAAUACGUUCCAUACGAAUCUGAGACCUUUGAUCUGGUCAUUAGCUCAUUGAGUCUUCACUGGAUCAACGACUUGCCCUCCGUCUUGGCCCAGAUCAACAAUUGCCUCAAACCCGAUGCUCCCUUCAUUGCCGCAAUGAGCGGUGGAGACAGUCUGUUCGAGCUUCGAGGAAGCUUGCAGCUCGCCGAACAAGAACGUCUGGGUGGAAUCGGAACACACAUCUCGCCACUCGCAGACGUAAGAGACGUCGGCAACUUGCUCUCACGGGCAGGGUUCAAGCUGCUUACGGUGGAUGUCGACGACAUCGUGGUCGACUAUCCCAACAUCUUUGCGUUGAUGACAGACUUGCAAGCAAUGGGAGAAGGCAACGCUGCGCUUCGCAGAGAGCCUGGCCCUAUCAGUCGAGAUGCGCUCCUGGCGACAGAGGCGAUCUACCGAGAGCUGUACGGCGAAAUUCAGGAGGACGGUAACACCGUUUUGCCUGCGACGUUUCGAACGAUCUACAUGAUUGGCUGGAAAGAUGGUGCAGAGACGCCGAAACCAUUAGAUCGAGGUUCCGGUCAGGUUAACCUCAAGGACUUUUUAGGAGGAGGAGGAGGUGGAGGUGUCGGAAGCUGA